CAAAAGUCCUCGAAAUCAGUUUUUUUCUUUUAUUUUUGCGAAAACCCAAUUCGUGAAGUGAAUUGAAUUUCCUGUGAUUAUUUUAUUACAACUUAUUUGUAGAUAUUGGCAAAGUCACAGAAAUUAUUAUAGCAAUAAGUACAAUGACCCAUCAAAUAUUCGUAAAAUAAAUGAGAAACCUGUUGCGGUUAAACCUCUCCCAGCGUGUUUUUAAAAACAAAAUAAUUUAGAGAACAUAAAAUGCACAGACCCAGGAACUUAUGAACGUCGGAAUAAGAGCUAACAUCUUACAAAUUAUAACUGGCCACGAUGGUCCGCAAUUUAAUGAGUAGAACAACAUUACGUAAACAUUUGUAUAGCGAUACUCUGAAAGGCUGCACGUUGCUCCCAUGCUGUCUUGAACAUAAUUUUUCGUUUUUCGUGACUUAAAUAAAAAUGGAAGACUGGAUAAAAGUAACUCUGAUACUAUGUUUGUUUGGUACGUUACGAGAGAUACGACCCUCUGAACCUUUCGUUACUGAAUUCCUGUCUGGUGAAUGGCGCAAUAUUACACAGGAACAAUUAAACCAAGAUGUUUAUCCCGUGGGAACAUACUCAUAUUUGGGGCUGCUUGUUCUAGUAUUUUUGAUCACAGAUUUUCUACGUUUCAAGCCAGUGAUUAUUCUAUCAGGUCUAAGUGGGAUAUCAGUUUAUGCAGUCCUCCUAUGGACUUCAAGUUUGAAAUGGGUGCAAGUGUCCCAAUUUCUCUAUGGACUGUAUAUGGCCACAGAAGUCGCAUAUUUAACGUACAUUUAUGCAAAGGUGGAUCCCGAUAAGUAUCCGCUGGUAUCCUCUUACACACGGAUUGCGGCACUGACCGGCCGCUUUGUGUCCGGUGUUAGCUCGCAAUUACUUACGCAUUUCGAUCUGAUGAAUUAUAGAGAUCUCAAUUAUAUCACUCUGGUUGCUCAAGUUUUGGCUACUUUCUGGGCGUUUUGGUUGCCACCUGUGCCUUACGGGAUCUACUUUCACCGUCGUUCUCGUACAUCGCUGCAACUUGACAUUGACCACGCCGACAAACACACACCUCCAUCUAGUCCAAGUAAUAGGCGCUCGAUACGUAGGGGCAUAACAGAUGCGGCGACUUUAAUAACGCGCCACGCCCGCCUAGCGUACACACGACCGAAGGUGCUCGCGUGGUCGGCGCUGUAUGCAGUCGUGUUGGCGCUGUUCGUACUCGCCCAAACUAACAUGCAGAUACUUUGGAAACUUGUGCAAGGGGAGAGCAAUGAAACGGUAGCAUACAACGGUGCAGUGGAAGCGAUACUAACUUUGCUGGGUGCAUUCGGUGCUUUCAUUGCGUCGUACUGCACUAAGGCCUUGCUCCCAGCGCCCGUGGCCGCGGUGCAAGGGGUGGCGACAUUCGUGGGCACGUACGUGCCUAACGUGUUCGCGUCUUAUGUUGGCUACAUAGUUAUGGGCAUGCUGUUCCACUACACGAUCACUUUAGCCAGUGCAAAAAUAGCAAGUCAGCUUACCGACGAGAGCUGCUUCGGUCUCAUAUUUGGCAUCAACACCCUCGUCGGCACUGGACUCCAAUCUAUACUAACAUUAAUACUCAUCCAGACAAUGAAGCUACCAAUAACAGCCCAGUAUUUCACCAUCAGUGGACUGUUCCUUGUACUGGCCUCCGCAUGGCUUCUGGGGUGGAUAGUGCACCUAUAUAAACAAAAUAAAAGUAUUAACAUUACCAAUCAGUAUGGAUAACAAUAUAAAGGUUUAAGCCCAUUAAGAAUAAAAAUAGCUACACAAAAUAGGGUUAAAAAUGAAUACACUAACAAUAUUUCUAUCUAAAUAAACUUGGCAAGAAAAACAAAUUUUAACCAAAUUAUUAGGGCUCCUCCUGAAAUACCAAUAUAGUUUAUGUAUAGAUAUAUAUAUCUAUACAAAUAAAUACAUCUUAAUGUAUCUGUCUGUUAUAUCUAAAUAACUGCCUUUUAUUAUGCUCAUAUUACUAGAUAAUGGUGAUACUUCAGUGGGUAGGACUUUAACUUCACUUUCGGUGAGCAGAGUACAAAUCCCAGCAUUCCCUCUAACUUUAAAGUUAUGUGCGUUUAAAACUAAUUAAAAUAUCAUUUGCUUCAACUGUAAAGGAAAACGUGAGGAUGCUGCAUACGCGAGAGUUCUCCAUAAAGUUUCUCAAACGGCGUGUGGAGUCCACCAAUCCGCAGUGGGCCAGCGUUUUGGGCUGUGGCCUCAAACCCUUAUCAUAGUCAGAAAAGACCCGUGCCCUGUAGUUGGCCGGUAAUGGGUUCAUAUUAUAACCUAAACACACGAUUCCAACUUUAAUACAUUUAGCAUCCUAAAAUUAUCUUUGGAAUAGCUGAACUGAUUUUGAUAGGAUAUUCAGAAGACACUUUGAAGGAUUAUACAAUGACAAAGACUCCUUUCUAAAAGUUAUCUUGAAAUUAUGGGCAUCUUCUAUGUAUCUAGAUCUUUCAAAUUCCAAAUUAAAUAGGGGGAUUGCAAAUUUUUGUAGGAUAAAUAAAAAUAAUAUAUUCCAUUUUAUCUAACCUGUCUUAAACUCUUUGUUUUAGUUUCAUAGUAGUGCAAAGUACUUAAAAAAAAAAUAUUAUUAAAAGCUUAUUAUAAUAUACAAAAAAGAAAUCUCAAUUUAUUUGUAAUUACACAAAUGUAGACAGGUAAAGAAUAAUGGACUGUUAUUGCAAAGCCUAUGUUGUAAUAGCGGUGAUAACCUAGUAGGUAUGGCUUCAGCUAUCCUUUCGUGAAGAUAGAGUUGGAGCCCCGGAACUGGCUUGUACGUUUUUAAUUUAAGCAAUUUAAAUAUCAUUUGUUUUAAACGAUAAAGGAAAAGAACAUGAGAAAACCGGCAUGCCUGAGAGUUCUCCAUAAUGUUCUCAACAGCCUGUGAAGUCUACCAAUCCUCACUUUACCAGCCUGGUAGACUAAUGCCUAAACCCUUCUCAUUCUGACACUAUACACAGCUUUCAUCAUUUCAGAUGCUAUGUCUUCUAGGUAUAUAUGUAGACUAAAAAGACUGGGAAACGUUAAAUUUAGAAGAUAAAUAUCCAUUUAAAUUAGAAUAUUUUCAUAUGUAAAAUUAACA